AUGGUGAGCUCCAAGAAUUUUUCGAGAGAAGAGAUUGACAACUUUGGCGUAGCGCUCAACGAUAAGAGGUAUUUUUUUGUAAAUAAUGAAUUUUUUUAGAAAAUAGAUUUUUCAUCUCUGAUUUGAAAAAAAUAAUUUUUCUGAGUUAUAAAUGAAUAAAAAAAUUGAUUACAAGGAAAAAAAGACAGAAAAUCGAAGGAAACUGAAAAGAGUAAACGACAUAAUUUUGAACAAGGAAGAUAAAUGUUACUUGGUUCAUGAACGGGGCUCUUUUCAGCCGGCCACUUGCGGCUCGUUUUCGUGCUUUGUUCGUUCUUCGUAAUAUUAAUUGUGAUCAAUCAGUUGAAUGGAUCGGCAAGUGUUUGAAAGUUUUUCCUUUUUAUUUUUGAAGUGUAAGAGUGUUUUUCAAAGGAUGAAUCUGCUUUACUGAAGCAUGAGUUGGCCUAUUGUUUGGGGCAACUGCAAAAUCCCAGUGCUAUUCCGAUUCUCGUUGAAGUGCUGAAGGACGAGUCUCAAGGUUUCUCUUGGUCUGAUUAAUCUUUUGAAUUGUUUCUAAGAGCCGAUGGUGCGACAUGAAGCUGGGGAAGCUCUGGGAGCUAUCGCCCAUCCUUCGGUCAAAGAAGUUUUGUUGGAAUUUUCUUCGGUUUGUCACUUCGCUGUCUUCUUUUAAUUUCAAAGCGUCUAGGAUCCUUGUCCUGAAGUUUCCGAAACAUGUCAAAUAGCGUUAGAAAGGAUCGAAUGGGUCGAAAAGAAUGGGAAAAAUACAGAAAGCCCAUACGACAGUGUUGGUGAUUUUUUGUUACUUUGUCAAAAUUCCUUACAAUAAUCUUCGUAUUGUCGCGCAAAAAAGUUCAUGAAAAAUGAAAGUUAUUUGUGGUGAUUCUACACAAUUCUUUUCAGCAUACCAUUUUUUGAAUUUUUUCAGCUUUUUCUCUCAUGAAGGCGAAAAGGAAUUGGAUUUUCAGCGAAUUUUUCAAAGCUAUACAUAUUUUAUCUUUUUCGUAUUUUUUUUGAGAUGGAAAAAAAAAAUUCAUAAUUGGGAUUGUGAAAGGGACUUUUUUUCUUGUCUGAAAAAUAUACAGUUUGUAAGAUCCUACACCUGCUGCGACAUCCAACGACGUGGAGGAACUUGGAGCGACUUUAGUGGACCCUUCCCGAUCGCUUUUUGAACGAUAUCGCGCCAUGUUCAGCCUGAGAAACUUCGAUACACGAGAAUCGAUCAAGGCGCUCGCUCAGGGUCUUUCCCUCAUCCCUCCAUUGGAUUUGAAUUGGUUUUCAGGAUUGUACUGCGAGGAUAGCGCUUUGUUCCGACACGAGGUCGCCUACGUUUUGGGCCAGCUGCAGUCUCCUGUUGCCAUCAAAGAACUUUCCGAUAGGCUUUUUCUCGAUUCCGAGGUCCUGAAUAAUCUUUUUCUUUUAAAACAUACUGGGGACUUGUAGAACUGUAUGGUGCGGCACGAAUGCGCAGAGGCUCUUGGCGCGAUCGCAACCGAUGAAUGCACAGAAAUUUUGAAGAAAUACAGCCACGAUCAAGAAGUGAGGAAAAGGAAGCGUUGAGUAUUUGAUCGUGAUCAAUUUUUCAGCGAGUUGUGCGAGAAAGCUGUGAGGUCGCCCUCGAUAUGGCCAAAUACGAAAACAGUGGAGAUCUUCAGUAUGCAAAAUUGCAGUGAGAUUAACUUUAUUUUUUUCCACUCUGUUGAUUUUUAUUGUUUAUUGUUUUUUUUUGUUGGGGUUCUUGACAUCCGGUUCAAGGGGAAGGAAUACGAUAAAUUUUUUGUUUGUUGCUGAUUUUGAUCCUUCUCAGUGUUAUAAAGCGCCUUCGUUCCUAAUUAACCGUUAAGUAAAGUAUUUUGGAAUUCGGAUUCUAUAGAUAUCCAGAUGAAAGCACGACUGCAGCAGUUUUUAUUGCCAGGUAGUAUACUAAAUGCUUUCAACCAAAAAAAAAAUUUUUUUUUGAGGUUUGAAACUGAGGCCCACGCCGAUAAAUAUUCGACAAUUUUCCCUGGCAGCCGUAAAGGUUUUUCAUUUGCUAAAAAGUAUUUUUUUCGUAAUUAAUGAAAAACGAGUUCUGUUCCAAUUUUUUGUCAAUUAGGCUGUCUUCCCAUAGAAGUAUUCUUUUGCAGCCGGCCUUUUCUUCGGCGGACCUUGGCAAAAUGUACGAGAUUGACAAAAAUACUGCGAAGCAACUAAACCUGGCGAAAUAUUUGCCGUCGCCUCUGGCCAAGCAAAUGGACACUCUCGAUGAACUCGUCACUCUCGUUCGGUCGCCCUUCUUGGAGGUCGUGUUUCUUAAUAUUUGUUCAGAUUCUCUUCGAUCUUCUUUUUUUGAUUAUUUAUCGAGUAAAAAAUUCAUUUUCUCUGGAAAAAAUAUAACGACUCGAGUGUAUUGGCUGGCUUUUUGUGAAUUUAAAGUUUUUGCUACGUAGUUUUUUUAACGUCAUUUCAAGGUCUUUUUUGAGAGCCCAUAAACUUUCGCCGAUUAUCAUUUUUUUUUUCCGUUCAAAAAAAUAUUGAAAGUUGAUUUAUUCAGUUUUUUUCAAAUUUCAGUUUUGUUUCAAAAAAGUUAUAGCAUUAUGUUCAACUGAGGAUCAGAAAUAGAAGAUAAUUUUUUUAAAAUAUGAAAUGGAAAAUGUCAGAAAAAUGCGAAAAAGGCUUUUUCGCUUAUUCUGAAGACCCAACCUAUUUUCUCAGAUUUUGGCUUGCAUGCGAGUCGUGGACCGGAGUCUGCCGUCUCUCCGUCUCGUUCUCUGGGGUGCCUUUGGAACAGGAAAAACCGUCACAUUGAACCAGGCCGUUCACCACGCUCAGCAGAACGGCUGGCUCAUUGUUCAGCUGCGGAGCGGUAUAAGAUUUCUCGAUUGAGCUCUCUUGCUGACCAGGUGUCUCAACGGGUGCACUCGUAAUAAACCCGUGUUUUUGAAGGCUAUUGGAUUCUCAGUUGUGCUUAAACGGUGAAAAACGGAUGUAAGAAAAAAAAUAUUUUUUCUUACAUCCGUUGUUCGUAUGGGGGAAAACGCUGAGACUCCGUGUUAGCACGGCUGGUAUACCCUAUCAGCAGGAGAUAUAAGUCGUGAAAUUCUCUCUCGGGUUUUCCGUGUUUCAGAAUUUUUUUUCUUCAUCUAUCUAUACGGAAAAAAAAACUUCAUCUAUCUAUAGCACUCUCUUGUGAUAUGAUUUUUGUAAUUUGGUGUUUUUUUAAAAAUCCCUUCAAGCUCUUGUGAUCUUGUGAAUGAGAUAUAUCUUAUAUAAUCGUCCGCUUGCAGCAAUGGAUCUGACGAGGAACGUCUCUGAGGUGGAGAUGUCGACUUUUGCCAGCGGCCGGAUCAACGAUCCGACCAACGCCGUCGUCAUUCUGCAGGACUUCAAGCAACAGGUAUUAUGCCUCUCUUCUCGAUUCGAUGGUUGAAAGAAAGGAUUGGAGGUCUUUUGAAGAAAUAUUUAUGGGACCGAUAGCGACAUUAACACGAGGAUCGUUUAGUAAAUUAUGAAAUACUUUUAAGCCAAAUAUCAUGUAAAUUAAGAGCCUUGGAGUCGCAAACUGUAAAGUUCCCUAUUAUUCAGAAACGAAAGCCUCAAAGCAGUGAAAGAAACUGUAUCUUUUGACUAGAAGUUUUCUGAAAAGAAAUACCGUCUAGUUAUCCCUUUGAUUUUCCGUCUGUCAAAGCGUAUUUGAACAAAUUUUUUGAAAGUUUGAAAGUAAUGAGUUUAAUAACUUUUUCUUUUUCAAGCUUUGGAUAUUUUCUGUGUUUCUAUUGUUGUGUAUCAAUUUUUUAUUUUUGUGUCAAAUUCAACUUCGCACUUAAAAAGUCAAAUAUUCUUUUGUUGGUAGAAUAUGUUUAAAAAAAGAUAGAAGAGAGAGAGAGAGGAAAAAAUAAGAAUUAAACGUAACUUCAUUAGUUUCAGAACCAAGCCGUUUGGAAGCGAUUGGCCGAGGCGAAGACGAGCCGCGACUACGAAUGGUCGAAGAGCGAGCGAACGCCUCAGGGGAAACCACUCGUCGACAUUGUCGAAAUGGUUCAAACUUUAUUUUGUACGCCGAACCUUGAAGCAUAUUUGAAAAAAAAACAGCUGUGAAAAGUGUUUGCAGGGUAUCUCAGCUCCCUACCUGGCCACAGACUGUGUUGGAGCGCUUUUCCGCGAGUUGAGGCUUCAUUCUUCAAAUGCCGCUGACUUGAAGGUCUGACUCUGACUGAGACGACCGAAAAUGUUUUUUUCUGAAGGUUCUCGUGGCCAUCGACGACGCCAACUCUUUGUGGGGGAAGACAUUGGUGAAAAGAGCCGACAGGACAUUUGUAUCGUUUGACUGGCUUGUGUAGACCCAAAAAUGCAAAUUUCAGGCGUCACCUUCGGAUUUGUCAUUAGUCGUGCAUUACAGACGUCUUAUCGCUAAUGACUGGGUUCGUAAAUCCGAAAAAUUCAUAAAGUUUGUGAAGCUUGGAGUUGAACAGCUUUUUUUGCAAAAUGUUUUUUUUUUCUGAUUUCGAAUUAGCUUUGGAUGCAAAAAACUUUAAGUUGAAGCUUAUCGAUUUUUUUUUUCAUUAGCAUCAUCCAUUCUGCUGAAUUUCAAAACUCUUUCUCUCUUUUUUGAAUUCUCAAACUUCAUAUUAGAAUAAAUACUUCACGGUCGGUUUUUCAGACGAAUGGUUGCGUUUUGCUCGUUGCAGACAAGAAAGAAAUCGCCGACGCGAGAAAAGAGCUUGAAGGCGAGUUCCGUUCAGUUUUCAUUCAAAAAAAUGGGUGUCAUUUUUGCUCUACAUGUUUUGAGUCGGAUUAUCCGGGCCGAAGCUUUCGGAUGAAACUGCAAUUUUUCACAUUAAAUGAGAAAUAUCUCGUGGGCAGAGAAAGCUAUUCAAAAAAACAUUUGCUACCGCGUUGGCCAAGUCUCAUAAUUUCUCUUUUUGAAGUAUCUUCUUAGAAAAACGUUCAAUAUUAGAAUUUCGCGAUAUUUUAUAAGCCCAUAAUUUAUUUUUUUCCUAAAAAGAGAUAAAAAAAUAAUCUUUGCCCUUAUCGAAAUUGAACGAAUAAAUAACUCAAAUUGUGCACGUGUAUUAAUCUUGUGAUGGAUAGUAGGGAAGCGUUUUGAUAAGGAUUAUUUCUGAAUAAACAUUUAUUGCAUAUUGAUAUUGGUGUGCAAAUGAUGUCAGGAAAUAAAUAUUAGUAAUGAAUAAAUUAGAAAAUAUCACUCGGUGCAACUCUAAUCUGUUUUUGCAGUGAGCCGAAACACGCCGUUGGAAUUGUUCGGCGAGGAAGGCUUCGAAUUUAUUGAAGUUGGUUUUCUGGCUGAAAGUUGUUGGUAGUGGUUCAAACGAGGCUAACCUGAGAAUCACACCGAGAGAUGGAGUUUCGAAAGAGUACAGAGUGGCAAUUUUGAAGGAAAAUUGAAUAGAAAAUAUUAAAAAAUUAUGAAUAAUGAUUUUAAAAACACCGUUUUUUGAAACGAAUGCCAAUAAAAAUAACUAAAAUCUCGAUGUUUUCGAUUAAAUUAGUUUCCCUUGAUGUAAAAUUCCACUUAACAUAAAACGAGUUGGUUUUUUUCCAGCCUUUCUUGCCGAUUGAAACCUCACAGUACACAGAAGAAGAAGCCAACACCAUGUACAAGUAUUAUGUGGAAAAGAACUGGCUCACCACCCCCAAUGGUUUGUGAUUUGGACUCAUUUAGCUUUAAGAGCUUGGACGUGAACAUAAUUUUAUGAAUACAACUCCAAAUAAUUAUACAAUGACGUUUUUAAAGUUUUAAAGUUUUUAGAAUUUUAUUUUUUCAAUGGAAACUUUGUUGUAAAUUACUUUAUUUGUGUGAUUGAAAUAUCCAUUUUGGAUCAAAAAAGUCGAUUUUUUAAAAAUCGAGAGUUAAUGAUUAUGGGGAGCACUGAACUACUUUGAAGCUUUUCAGCUCGAAGCGAAGAAGGCAGACGACAACUGAUGCAUCUGAGCGCUUUCAACCCCUAUUAUUACGAGAGACUUUGCGCAUUCAAUUAG